UAGAUUACUACUCGUAGCGCUGUUACAUCGGUGACAGUAGUUUACAUCAUGGUGGUGCCGUAAUUGUCAACACCGAUCAAUCAAAAUGUCUCAUAAGGGUGCAAUUAAAAAGGUUUCAUCCACUAAAGAUGCACACUACUCCAAUAGUAAGUCUAAAUCAAAAGUCUUAUUGGCUGCUAAAGAGUCGGAGAAUUCUGAGAAAGCUGAGUCAAAAUCAGAGAAGAAACCUGAGAGAAUAGCCAAUAGUACUAAACAAUCUAGAUCAUUACAGAAUGUGCAACCAAGUAAAACUGGUGAAAAGCAAACAGUCAGAUCAUCACAAAGUAAAUCUGGAAGAGAAAGCAUGUCCUCUACAACUAAGUUAAAGGCUAAUGUCUCUAGAACAUCUGUAACAUCUAAAACGAUAUCUGAUCCUAGCAAGAAAUCAAGUAGUAGUAGUAUUGUGAAAAGCAGCAGAUCUUCUACUGGGAGAACACAAAGUAAUUAUUCAGAGAGAAGAGGAUUAAGUACAAUAUAUGUGCCACCAUCGCUUAGCACCAGACUUAAUUCUAAAUCAAUUAAUAAAGACAAUAGAUCUAUAUCACAAGAAGAAGGGAGAGCAAAGAUAAACUCAAAUUCAAAGGAAGAAAUUAAAUCAAGAUCUAAAUCGAGACAACGUAAAUUGUCCAGAACAUUGAGUCCAAGUGAAAUAAAAAUGGUGCAUUCAGCUACAAGUAGACCAGAUCUUACCCAAAGGAAUCAAAGAAAAUCACCUGAAGCAGUGGAAGAUGAAGAUGAUUAUGAAGAUGAUUUUGAGGAUUAUGAAUCAGAUUUUCAAGAGUGCACAGACAGUGAAUCAUCUGAAGUCAGUGAAGAAGAAAAUACUAAUAAUGAUUCACCUCUAGACCCUAUUGAAUUACAUACUGCCAAACAACACAAAGUUGUGAACAGUGCUGAUCAGCAAAGGGAAGAAGAGCAUAUGCAUGACUCAGGUCAUUAUGAGCUUACAGAAGCUAGAAAAAGAGCAGCAAGAAUAGAAUCCAUUGCAAGUGACCCAAAACUAUCUUCACUUCUUGAAUUAAGACAACCAGUUAACAAAACAUAUAGCGAGGAUAGAUCAUUCGAAGCUAAAUCAUUACCAUUAUCUACCGAUGAAGGCUUUGAAGAUAGUCGUUCUGGUGAUUUUGCAAAGUCUCCACCAGUUUCACAAAUUUCAUUCAUUGAUUUUCGCAAAACUAAACAGUCUCAGAAAGAAAAGAACUCUAAGAAAAGUAGAAGCAGAGGUGAUGAAUUAUUGGAAAUGAUAAAAUUGGAUGUCAUGGAAUGGUCCCUACUGGAGUGUUCACCUAUACCGUAUGAAGAAUUUAUUAGAAGUUAUGGCAAAUUGAAUACGCUGCAAGUAUCCACGCAAACUGGUGAAGACAAUAUCGAUGUAGAAACACAAACGGAUAAAGUCACGUUUAAAAAUAAAUGGACUCAAUUUCCGAUAACCUGUAGAAGCAAUUUACAAACCAAAGAGGACUUAGAUUUAUUUCGUCUGGACCAAAGUGGUGUUGGCAACGAUGUCGAUGAUUUAGACUGUAUAAAGUCUUCAACGCCACCAUCCUUCGAUACAUUAAGAUUAAGCGAUUUCGUAAACCGAGCUGGAAGACUAAUGUUAUCAUUAUUGGAAGAAAGGAGAUCUGGCGGAAAUGUUUUUAAAAACGAAGAAGGAAUAGCAUUCAGCGAUGGUGUCGUUAAACUUUCCGUGGAUUCAGUCACGUUUUUGGCUGGUAGAGCAGUGACAAUAAUUCAUUAUUCGGACAUCCUAAGUAAGAUCUUACUGACUGUUCAUUCUCCAGCUGAAGAGGAGAUCGAGACAUCCAGUAAGCAGGAUUAUAUAACCGACUGCUGCAUUGGAUGCGUUUGGAACACUUCUGAGCCAUCGAUGCCAAUUAAAUUAUUUUACUCGACCUGCCCUAUUACCGCGUGUUCUUUUCACUUAACAAAUUAUAAUGUCGUAUUUGCUGGACUACAGGAUGGGUCGAUUAGUCUUUGGGACUUAAAGGAAGACGAAAUGUGGCACCAGAAGGUAACAGAUAAAGCCAAUGAAUUAGAUUGGACGAUACGAAUGCCUACUUACACAACGACCGCAAAUGCAGAAAUGAGUAUUGAUAAUUAUCAGAUAGUUGCAUUACGUAUACUAUCUAAGCUCGAAGAGAAGUCAUUCGAACAACGUAAUAAUAAAUUUAUUCCUAUCCAGAUAUGUAGCUUAAAUGAAAAAGGUUCUCUUAUUAUAUGGAGCGUUUUACAUAGCAUGGGAAUAAAUAUCGACGAUUUAGGACUGUCUUAUUGGGGUUGUGUAAGACUUGUUAAAAGUCAAGAACUGCUUUUGCAAUGUGAUAAUGCGAAAAAAAAAAUCAGUGCAGCUACUUUUAUUGACAUGCAUGUGGAUUGCGUUGAUAGCAACAGUUUCUAUAUUGCCACUAACAGUAGCAAUGUUUUGCAUGCUACCUGCAUUGGUAACAAAGCUAGUCCUUCUAUGUAUAAAACAUUUGACACUAAUCCUUGUGGAAACAUAAGCUGUAUAGAAACGUGUCCAUUUGAGCAGUCGUUUUUCCUGAUCGGUUGUGACGAUGGUACAAUUCGAUUACAUUCUUCGAAUAUUGAAAAACCACUUUUGCAAUUGAAGGAUGAAGAUAAAACGUACAGUAUUAAAUAUCUACAGUGGUCCAAAACGAAACCAUUUACAAUUUUUGUAAUGGACAAUCAUUUUCGGAUACAUAUAUGGGAUUUAAGUCAUAGUGACAUAUGUCCAAGACAUACAAUAAAUAUACAAAGGUAUGGACCGAUAAAUACUAUGCAAUUGUCAUCUUGCAAAACUGAAAAAGAUAUGACCCAUCAAUACCUGGCAUUUGGAACACAAGCUGGAAAUGUAGAAAUAUACAAAUUGAAAUCAGACUUUUGCUAUACCAAGAAAGAAGACUACUUGCAGGAAUUGAAUACUUUUAUGCGUUACGUCGCAAUUUUAUAAUUAAACUAAGAUCUUUAACGAUGAACACAGGAUUGUUUUGUACUUCCAGUUUAUUAAUGCAUAUACUUAUUUUAUCCAGGGUACUUGAUACUUAGUUCCAGGACAAUCUUAAAAUCACUAUACAAAAGACAUUUUUAUCAGCUGUAAUAUUAUACUGCAAAAACUGUGAAAGAUCUUAGGAAACGUACUGAUCCGUCCAGAAGCAAUUUUAAACUACGACGAUAAUUUAAGUGGCAGAAGCCGCGACGUGUACAAAAGUAUUAUUAUUUAUUUGCACAGUAUUCACAUUCUCGGAUAUGUAUCAUUCAUAAAUUGUAUACAAACCAUUGUUUUAUAAUAUAAAGAACUCCUUAAAUAAUGUACAAUUAAUAAAAAAUAGGUUUCUGUGAUUUAUUAACUGUAAUUCCAUUCACACAUUU